AUGACUUCCGUCGCUACUCAGAGCUUGCACCCGCAAGAGACCGUCGACCCCUCUCUCCUGGAAUCUGAUACUUCUUACGCUCCAUAUCCAUCUGAUCUCUUCGAACCCUCGGAUACUUUUGUGACCUCCAGCUCGACCAAUCCAACACGCCCAGCCGACCAACACGGUCAGAGUCAAAGGAAGAAUAACCCUCGAAUCCCUUCAUUGUCCCUCCGGUCACGCGCCUUCUCGUCGGCAUCCUCAUCGCCAUCAUCGCCCAUAAGAAGAAAACCACUGCCUGUGACGGCGUCGUCCGAGGCUACGCGCUUCUCUACCGGCGACCACCUGGUGCUGUCUGGUUCUCUCAAAGAGCUACCAGAGCUGCCGGAACCCAAGUUUGCUCGAGGAUACUCCGUCGAUAGCCCGACCCUUCACGAAUUUCCCCCAACACCAAAAGCACUUCCAUCCCUCCCGCCGGAUCAUACACAGUCUCGAGACAGCUUCUCAAGACAUCAUAACAAUCCAGUAGCUUUGACAGCAAACAAUACUCCUGCUGUCCCAGCUGCCUCUCACAACUCGGAGCAUACUUACCCUCCGCAAAGCCCAAACCUUAACAUCCCAAGUCAACCCUCCCACCAGGACACUUUGCUUCCGAAACAUGCAAGGUUGACCGUCGACUCAGCGAUCACUUCAGGCUCGGAAUCGAACGGUACAUGGUACAGUGACUCGAGUAUAACCAGCCAGUCGCAAUCUACUAUGUCCAUAUUUUCCUCCAAGCCUACACCACCACACAACUUGACGUCACCUAAUGGGAUAUCGCGAACCUUCAGUAACGACUCAAACGAUUCUAAUUCAACCAUUCAAAAGUCGCAACCUAAAUCCCCAAGCGGGUCAAAGCUUGGCUCUUUCUUUGGCUGGGGAGGUGGUGCAUCACCCACAACGCCUUUGUCCGAGAACUCUUUCUCUCCUCUACCCCCAACACCGAAACAAACCGAAAACGUUGCCGAUGCCUCAAAGUCUAAUUCGAGAAAUAUACCUACCGCCAUCGACGUACCAAAGGCCAAUGCCGACUCUGGAAGUUAUUUUGGCAACUCGCAUUUACAAGUACCGUUGGCAACACCCACGACCCCAAUACAAAUCGAAGAGAUGGAGAAGGAAUUGAAGGAGAUAAGUUCGGAGCUUGCUUCCUCGAUCAGGCGAGAGAUGGAUCUCGAGGAUCUUGUGGAAAGACUCCAAGCAGAAGCACAAGUAUCGUCGACACCUGCUGGUAGGCGGACGAGUGACUACUUUUCUGACUCGGGAACAAGCUCUGUAAGAUAUGGAGGAGACUCUGAUAACAAACAAGAUGAGUUGGAUCGCGCUAUCAGAAAAACGCAAGUGGAAAAAGCGCAAAUCAGACUCGAACUCACAGAUAAGGUUCAGGAGGAGCGCGCAAGAAGGAAAGUUGAUCUUGUUUCGAUAAACUCUCUCGACACGACCGGUCGUCUAAAGGAAUUGGAGACAACUUGUGAAGACCUUCGUCGUCGUUUAGCGGAGGAGCGGCAAGUCAAGGACAAUUUUGAAGAUCUGCUCACCGCGCUCAAGUCCGAAUUACAGAGCUCACAUAACGAACGGGACAAUCUCCGCGACGAAAUCAUCCCUCAAUUACAUGCACGUGUCGAAGGCCUCGAAGCGCAAGCAGCUCAACAUGAAAGGCUUACAUAUGAGCGAACAAAGAUGGAGCAGGAAAUGCAGACGCUCAGGACGGAAAACAUGAACCUCGCCAAUGCGCAAAAGCUACAAAUGGACAUGCAAAAGAAGCUACAGAAGUUUGAUAGUAUCGCGGAAGAGCCAAUCUCAACGAAACCAAGGGCUACAAGCUUAAGUCGGGCCAAUUCUGUCGCACAUGGUGCCGUCUCCAGGUCACGACCAUCUUCUCUCACGAGAUCUUCAUCUGUAAAAGCGACAGAAUCUCGGGACGCUCUUGCGGAGCGUGUCAAGGAUAUUGAGCUUCAACGCGAUUCGUUGCAUCGGGCUUUGAAAAGCCUUCUCGAACGUCAAGAAUAUCAGAACCGUGAAAACCAAAAGAAGAUUCGUCAACUAGAGAUGGAACGUGAUCGUGCUCUUUCGGAUUCGCCACGGCGCGCUGGCUACAAUAAAGAAGUCUCAUAUUUACGGGAAGAGAUUAACACACUUCGUCGACGAGCAGAUGAAGCUAUCGAACAAAAGUGGCAGUGUGAGAAGGGUCUUGGUGGGCUGAAAAUGGAUCUUGAUCGGGCAGAGCAGGAAAUCAAUUCUUUGCGACAGUUGUUACAGGCAAAUGAUAUUCUGACGCCAAGCGGAAGACCAAACAGUGGUUCAAGGCCGCUCAGUGGUACUAUCUCGUCUGAUGGCCUAGAGAGUGCGUACAAAGAACUGCAGAAGGCGUAUGUCGAAUCAUUGGAUAGGCUCCAGGCUCUCGAGAACUCUGCACCCCAGGAUGCCGACACCGAGAUGGCCAUUAAGCAACUUCAGCAGAGUCUCGCGGCUGCAAUAUCUGAGCGAGACUUUGCUUCCAUGGAGGCAGAUUCGCUGAGAAAGCAAUCUGUGUAUCUCCGGGUUGAGGAGAAGAGCCAUGUUGGCGAACAACUUGCUCUUUCAGAAGAACUUCGCAACUCUGCACAGCGUGUAGAAGAGUUGGCUGUUCAAGUUCGUCAACAACUUUCGGUCAAUAGCACUCUGAGGAAGCGUCUUGCUGAGACAAUUGAACGAGGUGAGAAGGAUCAGAACACCAACGCUCAGAAGAUUAUGAUGAUGCAGAGCAAGCUCAAGGGUCUCGAGGAUCAGUUGAUGGCUGCGCAGCAGGCGUCAGAAGACAAGAUCGCCAAGCACGAGGAUGAGAUCAAAGGAUUGAAGGAUACCCACAAUGUUCAAUUACAACGUGUUAAGGAUGGUCUUCGGUCACCAAGACUUUUCGGACCUAAAACACCUCUCUCUCCAUUGUUCGCCAACUCGGCGAGAAUGCCAAACUUGAUGGCUACAUCAUCGGGCAAAGGAUUGUCUGUAUCAGAAGACUCCCAAAUGGAUUUCCUCAAGCAACGUGUCAUUGAACUCGAGAGUGCCCUCGCCGAUGCUGAUCAUGAGAUGGAGGAAGUUGUUGGCCGUAUGAACGUGGCCCAGAUCGAAGUCAUGGAGCUUCAAAACGAGCGCGAAGAAGCUCAACGCGAAACCCGCAAAUUGCAACAAGCAAUCGAGGAGGAACGAGCGCAGGCAUCCACUGGAUUUUUCGCCUCACUCACCUCAUAA